AUGGGUCUGCCUUCAAGAGAUUGGACAUUGGCCAAGCUGGACGCUCAGGCAUUGAAUUAUUAUCUGCAUGGAUCUGGAGAUCAAUCUGUUGAUGAUGAAUUAACAGAUUUUUCAGCAUCGAAUUCAAACUCUAUUUUUGCCAAUGCUAGUCUUGUUGAUGCUAAAUCGUUACACAGCCCAGAGGAAGAGGAAUCCAAAGAUGGAAUGGAACUGUCUACUAAUAUGCAGUACUAUGAAGAUGAGCUUGAACCAUCCCCUAUGCAGGACCUCACUGAAGACAUCCUACAAAAGUCACUGCAGGAGGCCAAUAUCACAGAACAGAUAUUGGCAGAAGAGGCUUACUUGGAUGCCAGUAUAGAAUCUGGCCAGCAGUUUUCCAAUGUUUCAUUUCACCCUCAUUCAUCAGCAUCGUUUUCUCAGGCCAACACUGACCCUAGUUACUCAGGCCAAACAUUACAUCCCAUAGGUGUGACCCAUGUGCCUAUAGUUCCACAGCAGCUAGGUGGAUCAUUUGCGGGAAACACUGUAGGUGUGCAGCAUGGUUUUAUGCAACAUGUUGGGAUUAUCCCUGGCCAGCAGAUGCCAAAUAGUGGCCAUAGCAGUUCUGGGCAGAUCCACGUAAUUGGCUCCAUUAAUAGUCAAUCCCCAGUAAUGACUAUAAAUAAUAUUGAUGGUUCCCAAAUUAUACUUAAAAGUGGCCAACAAGUACCUCCUAAUGCUAGUGGUGGGCUUGUAAUACAAAGGCAGACUCCGAAUGGCAAUGCUGUUUUCGGAAGUCCAAACACAAGUCCAGCAGGACAACCAGUUCCUUUUAGUAGUAGCAAUUUCCAAGGAUCUUUACCUGUUCAUAAUAUUAUUAUUCACAGAGGACCAGCACCAAAUUCUAACAAGGCUCCCAUAAAUAUUCAGCCUAAGCCAAUGCAAGUAGGACAGCAGGCGCAUUACAACGUUAGUCAUGCGGGUGUCCAACAUCAUCAUGGGCAUCAAGGUAUCCCAUUCGUCACAGCAGCCCAAAGUUCUCAGAUGAGUCAACAAAUGCCAGUAAACCAGCAACGUUCCCGUAAACCAUCCAGUCAGCAGUCAGGUGGUGGUAACAUUGUCAUGCAUUCUCCAGUUGGCCAACAACACUGUCAUCCAAACCAAUUUAUCAUUCCUGCUGGCCUUUCUCUGAACAAUAAUUCAAUGCAGCAAAUCCAGGCCAUUAACUCCCAGCUUGUGCAGGCACAGUCAUCCCAUCUGGGUCCUCAACAGGUUCCUGCAGAACACAUGUUGAUGAGCAGAAACUCAUCCGGUAUGGUUAGGUCUAGUCAACAGUACCCAGGGCAAAUGUUACAUAGCCCAGGUACAGCUGUGCAGAUUGUUCCUGGACAGUCAUUUACAAGCUCUGGAGGUCAAGUCAUUUUGAACCAUGGACCAUCUCAAAGUGUGGGAGGGCAGAUGGCACAGCUGUCUCCUACACUUCUGCAUUUGUCUCCUGGUCAAAGCACCACCGUUUUAGGCAGAUCAGGCAUCUCUACAGCACCAUCUGGUUGCCCAAAUAUGUCAUCUGCAAACCGCUUCACCAUCGUAAGUUCUGGAGCCGGACUUCAGCGAACAGGAUUUCCAAGAGGAGCGGAAAGUUACAUAACAGAGCAGGAGCAUAGCAGAGCACAAAUUGCAAUGAAUGAGACUCAUCAUCAGUCCUCUAGUGCUAAAACCAGCAGCAGUUUAAAUCCAGAAACAGCUUCUCAGCAGGCAUUUUCCCUUAACCAGACUCACAAAAAACUGGCCAAUCCCCUCUCUCCAGUUUCAUCGCUGAAAAACCAGGAGAGACAAUCUCAUGCGCACAUUUCUUCACUGACAGUGCAACUAGUGUUAGUCCUUGACUUAAACCGGGAAAGGGAGGGCGGUACUGGGAGCCAAUUAGGUUCCCAGUAUGCAGAUGUGCUGAUAAAGGGAAAGGAAGUUGAAGGACAUCACAGAGGGCUCAAGAGGAUGACCACCAAACAACUCACGAAAGAAACUCUAAUUCUCCAGCAGGUGCAUAGAGACCAAGAACAUGCUCUGGACCCCAAUAAGAGCCCAUUCCAGUCACUGGGUGAUGCUGUCCAGAGGCUUCUCCCAUACCAUGUGUUUCAGGGAUCAAUGCCCGCCAAUGACGAACUGCAAAAAGUGGACAACGAAUUUGAAGCUAUGGCUACACAUUUCUUAAAGAAGACCCAGGCAAUGCUAAACAAAUACCGUUUGCUGCUAAUGGAAGAUGCAAAACGCAUUACCCCCUCUGCAGAAAUGGUGAUGUUGGACAGAAUAUUUAACCAGGAAGAAAGAGCCACUCUAACACGUGAUAAACGAACAGCACUAGUUGAUCCUGAUGGGUACCUUACAGAAUUCUGCUGCUCUAGCAAAUUUCAUGAAGAUCCUUCUGAAGAAGAACAGCUUAGCAAUCAUGGCCUGGAGGCAGAGUCAACCAGUGGUGAUUCCUCUCCAACGGACAGUAAUAAGGAUGAUCAGACAGGUUCAAGCUCACCUAAGAUUCCAGACCCCCCUUGUUUAGUGCCUACAGACAGUUUAACAGAACCUAAAUGUAAAGAUUCUCCCGAAGACCUUAAAAAAGAUGCAAAUUUUUCCCCUACGAAACAACUCAUUGUGAACCUUUGCAAACUAAAGGGUAAGUACACCUCUUGUCCUUCAGAUACCUACCCGUCAUGUAAAGCCUCAAAAGAAAGAGUUCCUGCAUACUCCGCUCCAAACCCCAUUCCUGUUUCUGGAUCAAAAACGGACCCCGACGACGCAGAAAGCCCCCAGUGCAAAACCGCAGGACACUCUCUAGAAACUACAGGCAAGCAAACAAACAUUGUGGUAAACAGCAAAAGCAUAAUGAGUAGCAAGACUGUGAAGGAAACGGUCAGAAACGUUCUAGAACUUAAACUUAGCGCAAAGCACUUGAAAAGCGAGGUCUCUGGUAGCAGUUCCACGGAAACGGAACUUAUAAAAUGCUCCGAAGACCAUGCUUUGGAAAAGCCAGUUUCACAUACUAGAGAUGGGGCAGCAGAAACUGAUUCAGUUUUAGAAGCAGCUGUAAAUAGUAUUUUAGAUUGCUAAACAAUCUCCAGAACAUUGCGUAGGACGCAUAUGAUGCAAAUGGAAGAAGAGCAAUAGUGAAAUAACUCACAGAAGAUGUGAGCAGAUGGAAACAUAAACAUCAGCUUAAGAUGGCUUUCGCACUUGAUGGGUUCAAGAAAGCCUGCCAUAGACAAUCAGGAAUGAUCUGUACAAGCAGGUCAUUUUGUGAAUUCAUAGAUGGUAACAUGUUUUCAAAUUUUCUUUUUUUUUUAAUGUAGG